AGAAAAUCUCAUUAUUUCGCAGGAACAUAUAGCAGCAUACCGCGCCUCCCAGCUCCUCUGGGUCACUAUUUGGCAUGAAUAGAUAGGCGGGACUCGGCGGUGGAAGAAUUUGGGUUGUAUACAAGGGGAGGCAUAGGGAAUCAAUUUACAGCUACGUUCGACCAGAUAUGCGGCCAUACUGAUUGUUCUGUAGUUGGACUCCAGGUGAUAGCCUGUACCCAAUCUGCAGUCUGGCCUGGGCCGGGUGUAAUUCCUGGAGCGCCUCCUGGGGGGUCUGUGAACGGAGUGGUAGAACCUAGCGUAGGUCCCGGACUGGCAGCCUGGCUGCCCCCCACCAGGUGGAUGAAUGAAGACCCCCUUCAAGACUCCAGCGGCGCCGAGACCCAGACCGGAGGGCGGGCAUUCCAGUGUAUCUGCAAAUAUGAUGAAGAAAAAGAAUUCACACAAGAAGCAGAGGACCAGUGUGGAGCCCGGCAAGCCCUUAGGCGGUCCGCCCAGGAGGAACAUCGUGGGCUGUAGGAUCCAGCACAUCUGGAAGGAAGGCAGUAAAUCCUCCCAGUGGAAGGGGACAGUGUUGGACCAGGUUCCCGUCAACCCCUCUCUUUAUCUGAUCAAAUAUGACGGCUUCGACUGCAUAUACGGCCUGGAGCUGUACAGCGACGAGAGGGUGGUUGGCCUGGAGGUGCUGCCUGACAGAAUCGCUCGGGCCCGCGUUACUGACACAAUGCUGGCGGAGACGAUGAUCGGGAAGGCGGUGGAGCACAUGUUUGAGACGGAGGAGGGCCCCAAGGAGGAGUGGAGGGGCAUGGUGCUGGCCCGCGCCCCCAUCAUGACCACGUGGUUCUACAUCACCUACGAGAAGGACCCCGUGCUCUACAUGUACCAGCUGCUGGACGACUACAAGGAGGGGGAUCUGCGGAUCAUGCCCGACUCCAAUGACACUGUGCCGGCGGAGCGGGAGCCAGGCGAGGUGGUGGACAGCCUGGUGGGGAAGCAGGUGGAGUACGCCAAGGAGGACGGGGGCAAGCGCUCGGGGAUGGUUAUCCACCAGGUGGAGGCCAAGCCCUCGGUGUACUUCAUCAAGUUCGAUGACGACUUCCACAUCUACGUCUACGACCUGGUCAAGACCUCUUAAGAACCGGGCCCCUGAUGAGACACUGCGGUGUGGGGGGGGGGGGGGGGAAUGACCUCAGCAACAGCUCAAAACACUUGCAGAUCACCAUCCUCCGUGAGAUGCUGUCUGUGGUGACCCCUGCCUCGGGUUAAUCCUCUACAGUCCCAGUGACCCCUCCAGCACCAGCCAGGACCUCCUCUGCACCGACCCCCCAAUUCACUGUUUUCAGAUUGGGGGGGUUGGGGCAGAGGAGGCCCCAGAACCUAUUCAAGCUACAAAGACUAGAAGGAAACAUUUCCCGGCUGGACUAUAUUGCGGCCAACAUCAACUGCACACCGGAUAUGAUCAGCCCAUCCAAUAAAAUAUUGUUUUCGUUACAAAACUGCCCCUCCCUUCAUUGGAUGAGGGUUGAUGAAUGGGAAUUAAGACAAAUCCCCAGAACCUGUAAUGUUUAGCAACAUGAUGCACAGGUCGAGUCGUGUCCUCGGCGUGUUCAGAGACUUGAAAAGUUGAUCCAUUGCCUUGUUUCCGAAGCACCUGCAAUAGACAUCUCCACUACGAAUCUACCUAGGAGCGGUCCACCGACGACGACUCAUUCGUGGAGUUUUUCUCCGACCACAUGUCCCAAAAAAAUACCCCUUUUUACUGGCCAUGUUUACAAUGGCAACCAUUCUGAGUGAUAUGCCGCCGGUGACGGUACAAAGUCUGCGGUGGAAGCAACAUGUGUGAUCUCCUGGUGUUCACCAGCAACGGAGGGGGUCGGAAGCUAUGGCGUUUAACACUUUAACACUUAUUUUCUGUCUGUGUUUGUGUAUACUCUGAAAAAGGAUUAUUUGUUCUGAUUGUUUGUCCCCCCACACCCUCCAUCGCUCCAAACUGCUUUUAAUAGUAAUGCAUCAGAAUAUGUUAUAUGUUUUUACUUUUAAAACUACUUACAUUUAUAUUUAGGACAUUCAAGCCUUUUCCUUUUUUCAACAAUGCAUUUUUUUGGGCAGGUAAUGCAAUCAUUUCCCCGUUUUCAUUAACAUUGAGUAAAGAGCCACACAAGCAGGUCAUAGCUUUAGUGGAGAAUUGAAUAUGCCUGCCAAGCAGGGACUUCCACUGGGUUAGCGGUGUGCUUUCCGUAAACACCUUCCUUUAUCUGCCAACCGAAGAAACAGGAUUUGGAGCCCUUCUUAUCCAUCUCAAUCCCUUCAUUGCACCGAGAACAUGAUUUUAAUCUGUUUUGGUUCAUCUUGGUUCCAAACUUUCACUGAGUGGGGAAACUGAAUUUCUUGAUUCUGCAUUCAUUCGCCCCAACCGGCUAGUUGUUGGGGUGGAACCAAGAUGGCCGCUAGGUGACCAAGGCCCAUUGAAUACAUCCUUGGCUAUGGAAUCUUAAAUUCAACAAAACCAGCAGAGUUUAUUUCUCUCUUCCUUCUUUCAUGGGUGUCGUUUUUCGGAUUUUGUAUUUUUUAAAGCUUGUCCAUUUAUUCAUCUUCACUGUUGGUCACAUGGAAUCUGUUGGUGGCCAUCCAUCCCUCUAACAGGCCGUCAACUCCUCAUCAGAGUAGCAAGCAAGAAGUUUAAGUUUGUGUUCUAUCUAAUCCUAAAAAGUUAGCCCCACACUAUGAUAUUGAACUGAUUGUUGUGUUUUUAAGUUGAUUUUAUUUGUUGCUUUAAAAGAAGAAGGAGCUUUUCUGUCCAGAGCUCCGGCGGCACCAGGCGUCACCUCUGCGGAGGCUUCAGAACACGGUUCUCCUGGGGGUCAACUGUUUUUCUGAAGAGUCAAACUGCGACACCAAGCGGAUUGCUGCUGUUGGUUCACCUGCUACGAUCGCCUCACACCAAUCGCAACCGCCACCGGCUGGCUCCCCGUCUCUCCUCCCGCGGUGUCAAACGCCUUGUACGACUCAACGGUGGGUCUCUGAGAGAAGGCCCCAUGCGGCUGAUGAUUCCUCAUCAGUCGCCGUCCUCCUGGACGACACACUCUAUAUUCCUCUAAGGUGGACUGAGCUGCUGAGUUGGGCUGGACCAGAACGUCAAAAAGCAUACAGAACCUUUUGAAUCCUAUCUCAACGGCAACACAUGUCAGUAGAUGGACAUCCAAUGUUCCUGCAGUAGCCUACGUGAUGCUCCAAUUUCGCAGAAUACUGUUGUGUUGUAUUAUUGUGUGUUUGGACGAGUGUGUGUUAACCUAUUGUUUGUGUGUCUUUUGUCAAUUGGACCCUGUUGAAACAGUGUUGUUUUUGCAUGCCUAUAUAUCAGAGUGUAAAGCGAUGUGAGUUGCAUGUUAACGUAGUUCCUUUCAGUUCUGCCGAGUGUCCGUUGUGGCGUUGGGUGCCAUUUUCUUUUUGUACUGUGUAACCAAGGAGAUACUUUGGGUUAUUGGAGUAAACAAAUCCGCUCUUAAACAGAACCGAGUUCAGUUUCUGUGAAUUUAGAUUUAUGUAGCCGAUGUUCGAUUGCCGCUCUGCUCUGCAAACCUUCACGCAGGAGCAAAAAAUGGAUUUGAAUCCUGUUUUAAGAUGGAUUGUCCCUUUAAAGAGUGCCAACCACAGAUGCCAGUGUUGUACAGAUGUGAAGAGCUCACACUAUUUACAUGAAUAAACUUUCUCUGUUUUUUUUCAAA